GCAGUCCCCUUUCUCAGAGGAUGCCGGGGGGUCCUGUUCUCCUAAUCCUCGGCGUCGUUCUGGUGCAGCAGAAAGCCGGAGGUCCCACUCUCCAAGCGACAGGAGACGGCCUCCCUCUCCAGCACCUGCGCAACAGCCCCUUUCUCCGGCCAAGGGCAGGCCAACGCAGGUGCCCCCCUUGUCAGCAGGCAGCAGCCAUUCACGUUCUCCAGUACGGAAGAGACAUUUAUCUUCCAGAACAGAGAAACAGUCCUCCUCUUACCUGGAUGAAACCCAGCAUUCAUCCUCCAUGUCAGAAAACAUGUGCUCCUACUCUGUGGCAGAUAUGAGGCGUUUCUAUUCUGGAGGAAGCACCAAACAGCUCUCUUCCCCAGCUUCUUCAGUGGUGGAAAUCAGGCGGCCAUUCACCCCAGCAGACAGGAGGAGUAUGUCUUCCCCAUCAGAUGCCCAGAGCUCACCUUCCCCAACAGGUACAAAGCGUUCAUCACCCUCCUCAGACACCAGGCGUCCAUCCCCUCCACCAGACAAUGGAUCCUCUUCCUCCUCCUCAGAUGCCAGUUGCUCAGCUUCCCCUGCAGAAGUCAGAUGCUUGACUCCUCCACCCGAUGCGAUACCCUUGUCCUCCCAGACAGAUAGACAGCACUUAUCGUCCCCGGUGGACGCUGGGGGCUCACCUUCCCUGGUGGAGUCUAGAAACUUCUCUCCCACAGCAGUUGAGGGGCAUUCCUGCUCUCCCAGUCCACGGAAAAAACUUGCAACUCAUGGACCUGUGUUUGCUCAAGUUUAUUCCCGACCUCCCAAGCCGAAAUGCCUGUUGAGGACCGAGGUGCAAGAUGGCAAGAGUAACAGAGUUACUGAAUCAGCGGGAGCAACACUCUGUCGUGCUGCUGUUCACAGUCCUGGAGAUGCUGGAUUUCAGAAAGAGAGCCAUGUGACCAACACUGAUGAUCUCCAGGAGGAAAAGAAUCUUGCUCUUUCUCCUGACAGCAUGAGUGGAACCGUGAACCCGAAGGAAAGCCACAUGCUAAAUGGUGAUUGCUCCAAGGCAGACACUGGAUCCCCGAAGGAAAGCAACUUUCCUACUGCCAUGGUACUUCAAUCCUCAAUAGAAAGUUCUCCAUCUAACACCCUCAAUACUAUUUUAUUCUCUGGAUCCCCAGGGGGAAAUUGCACUUCCUCUGCCACAAGCACCAAAUUUUGUGAGGAGCCUUGUGUGUUCAAGCCAGUGCCUCGUGUGAUGUGUUCCAGCACUGUAGCCAAAUCCCAAACCCGGUGGUAUGGGCCCAAUGGCAGCAGCACGGUUGUUUUGAGAGCCAAACAGCAAGUCAUUGUGCCCCAACCUGGAUACUCCACCAUUUACCAAGCCGGGCGAGAGAUUAUUAUGUCUGCCCCUGGAUUGGGGAACACCAGCCAGGGCCAGCAAGAGAAAUCCCUUGCCCCAAGCCCCAUCACUUCCGCUCCACUGGAAGAAAACUGGCAAUCCCAGGCUGAUCUUCCUGAUGCUGAAAGAAUCCACUCCUCCUCCCCCAAAUCUUGCAUCUGCUCCACACCAGAGUCACAGCCUGAGAAUGGCAUGACUCACUCUCAGAAUGCCAGUGUGAGGGAUGCCCAGAGGCCAAGGUGUGUGCUUGUGCCGAGCCCUUCUUGCACAUCAAACAGAGAGGCUACCAUAGUCAGGGAGGGAGUAGUUCCUUUCAGCACGCCCCAGAGAGACUGCAGCCUGCCCUGCAAAUCUGCCUCCCAGAAGCACAGCAACCUGUUUGCAGGGAGCAGGUCAGAACAGGAACAAGGCAUGCCUGAUUCAGGAGGCCCAAGAGCAAAUGGGUCAGAUCAAGAGAGCAGCUUAUUAGGUGUGGGAAAAGCCAGCUUAUCUGCAAACAGAAAAAAUAAGUGCCCAUUGGACACUGCAGGUGAAAUUGGAAUCUCUGCUGCAUCUCCAGGGAAUGACAAAGCCAGAACUGAGGAUGAACUAAAGAAAGAACAGCAAAUCCCAGGCAAAGAUUCCCCGAUAUUUGAACUGGAACAAAAGGGCCCUUCGGCCGGGACACUGACUUCCUUGUCAUUGCCUGAACCUCCAAGUGAGAACCCAAGGAACAGCAACCAGACAGCAGAACGAGAACUCAAGGAAGUGGGGGAAAUGGAACAUUUUGUAGACACCCUCCGCAACAUGGACCCUGCUGAACUUCGGAAGCCCUCAAAAAUCCUCCCGAGGCAUCCACGCCCUUCUACUCUUGCCAAGCACACAGUCCUUCCACCUAUCGAUGAGAACCACAUCACUCCCAAAUCAAAGUUUCCUCUCCCAGCAGCAUUAGGUGAGCUGUUUGCUCUCACCGAGGAAAACCCAGAGGAAGGAACAGGACCAAAGGGGGAGGAGCCAGGAUUGACAGAAGAAAACACGGAGGAGAUUGAGAACCCUUAUCUCAGUAAAGAAGAUAAAUCGUGGGAUAGCAACGUAGACAGGAGAUCUUACUCUUGGGAGAACCAGCAGUACAAGACUGAGGAGGAGAUUGGGGCUUUUCUUGGAAAACUUCAGCGAGUCCCAGGAGAUAGCAAGGCCAAAGUUAUUGCCCCCAGAGCUAUUAUGAAUCAGACCAACUUGGUUAAAACCAAUGUUCUCAAAGGGAUCUCUCUUUUGUCCAACUUUGUAGACAGAAAGGUUGUGGAAGAUAAGCCUUAUUCUCGCUUGGACAACAGCUUUCUCUAUAGCAAGUUCAUCUGCCCAGAAAAGGCUGAACUCAAGGCCCCAAGAAAAAGGAAGGAAAUGAGCCUGGUUGUCCAGAAAAUCAGUAGGGAAUGCCAGACAUCUCCAAAUGGGCCUCAGGAGGAUGCUGUGUAUAAGGAGUUACCACCAACUGGGCUGGAUGCUGAGCAUCACUUCAGGGCACCAGAUACCAGUGGUAGCUCCAAGCAGAUUAUUCUUCUCUCCAAGGAAGCAGAAAGCUUGACCCAGUCAGAAAUUCAGGAAGAGGAAAAGAAGCCUAUGAAGAUUAACAAACGCCCCGGCAAGAUCAUUUUAUACUCUGAGGCUGGCUUUGGAGGGCAGAAAAGAGAAGUCUGGAGUGAUGUUCCAGAUGCCACUUCCUGGGAACUCACAAGCACUAUCUCCAUUCAGGUGAUCCGAGGAGGUUGGUUGAUGUACGAAAAGCCCCGAUUCCAUGGGCGGAAGUGUGUGCUGGCUGAAGGGAAUGUGGAAAUCACUAACCCUUGGAAAAUGUACUGCAAGGAAGAGUUGGAAAGGGAGAAUGCCCCAUUCUGUAUUGGUUCUCUGAAGCGGGUUGUGCAGGAUUACAGACUUCCUGAGAUCAGUUUUUUUACAGAGGAAAAUGGGGAAGGGAGAAAACAGAGAUUCACUGAUUCUGCAGAAGAUUCACGAGCAUAUGGCCGACCCUUGAAGGCAGCAUCUAUCAUUGUACACUCUGGCCUGUGGCUCGUUUAUUCAAAGCCAUUCUUUGAUGAUGACCCAUAUGUCUUAGAACCUGGUGGGUAUCCCAGUUUGCAAGCCUGGGGGGCAAAGGACCCCUCCAUUUGCUCCAUGCAUCCAAUUAAACUAGGUUCCCCUGUUGUUGAAAACCCUGCAGAGCCCAAGGCUCUAAUUUUUGAGAGGCCACAUUUUCAGGGCCAUAGCUGGGAAAUAAGCCGGGAUAUUUACAACUUAAAGAAGCCAGAAAACAACCAGGAUUCUAUGAUGUCUACUGCCGGUUCUCUGAGAAUCAUGGGAGGCUGCUGGGUUGGCUAUGAGAAAGAAGGUUUUCGUGGCCAUCAGUACCUAUUGGAAGAAGGAGAAUACUGUGACUGGACAGAAUGGGGUGGCUAUAAUGAAGAGCUGGUGUCUCUGCGGCUGAUCCGGACAGACUUUCUGGACCCAGCCCUUGUGCUAUUUGAAGCCAUGGAUUUUGAAGAUGGCCCCAGUGUUGAGCUCAGUGAAGCUCUGCCAGAUGUUGAGCUGGCCAGCUAUGGGAUCAUGACACAAUCCAUCCAUGUCCUGAGUGGAGUGUGGGUAGCCUAUGAAGGCAAGAAUUUCAGUGGGGAGCAAUAUAUUUUGGAGAAAGGAGUAUAUCGCAACUGUGAAGACUGGGGAGCAAGCAACUGUCAGAUCGCCUCCGUGCAACCUGUCCAACAGGUUGGGGAACACAGCCUACACUUCGUUUCUAAGAUCCAACUGUUCUCCGAUCCUGAUUUCUUGGGGAACUCCAUGACUUUUAAGGAGGACCAAGCAUCACUUCCAGAGAACUUCAUCCCCCGUUCUUGCAGGGUCAAUGGAGGCAGCUGGAUUCUUUAUGAUGGCCACCAGUUUGAUGGUGAGCAGCAUGUUCUCUCAGAAGGCGAGUAUCCAACGCUGACCUCCAUGGGAUGUGGCUUCACCACGGCUAUCCACUCUCUGAAGAAAGUCCCUGUUUUCUUCUCUGAGCCUUCCAUCUUCCUGCAUGGAUUGGAGUGUUUCGAAGGGAAGGAGAUUGAGCUGAAUGGCGAAAUGCGCAGCCUGCAAGCUGAAGGAUUCAAUAAUCAUGUCCUCUCUGUCCGAGUAAAGGGUGGGAUCUGGGUGCUGUGUGAACACAGUGACUUCCGUGGCCGCCAGUGGCUUUUGGACUGCAUGGAGAUCACCAACUGGCUGACAUACAGUGGGAUUCAACAUAUUGGCUCCCUGUAUCCCAUCAGGCAGAGAAGGAUCUAUUUCCGAAUAAAAAAUCAAGAGUUGAACUCCUUCCUCUCUGUCCCAGAUGAUGUUGAAGACAUGAAAGCUGGACGAGUUCUGGUUUCGGAGCUCGAUGACAAGAAUAGCUGCAUCUGGUACUAUGAAGAGGGACUUAUGAAGAACCAAAUUGCACCCAAUAUGAGUCUCCAGGUGAUUGGUCCAGGUGGGAAGGGCACCAAAGUGGUGUUAUGGUCUGAGAGUCGAAUGCCCCAGCAGACAUGGAGAGUUGAUUCAUUUGGGAGGAUAUGCAGCCAAAUGUUUGAAGAUAAAGUCCUAGAUGUGAAAGGAGGCAGAGCCUAUGACCGGGAUCACGCAGUCCUCUGGGAGUCCUCUGAAGAGAGACCCACACAGAUUUGGGAUGUUCAAGUGCUGUGAAGAAGGCAGAAAUGGGAUCAUGAGUAGAACAGGAGCUCGCCUUGCAAGUCGUCCAUGUUUUUUCGUGAACAAGUAGCAUUUUGUUUGGGGUGGAAAACGAUAACCAUGCGGGUGCUGUUUUCGGUCAGCACGCACCACCUUUCCUUUCCCAAAGCUCACCAUCUGAAAAAGCACAAUUGUUUAAUCAUACAGAUCUGAGACUGACUUUCUCAGCCUUCCUGCACUGGGCAUUUGUUUCCCUCUAUGCUUUUUUUUAGCUGCCCAGAGUAAUGCUUUCCCAGGUCCAGAUUACUGCAGCAUUCCAAGAGGAGAGUCCUUCACCGUUGGACAGGGCUGGGAGCAGUUGCUUGAACACAGGCACUCAAGUAGGAAGAGGCAUCACCAGCUGGUUUGGAUAUUUAAAGAGAAAUCUAAUUAACAUAAGAACAUAUAUAGGCAUGUACAAUCAUGCUUGUCCCUUUUACUCUUUUUUUCCUAAGGGAAAGGCCUUCCUACCUUAAAAAUUCUAUUUAUGUAUCUAUGUACAAUAGGAUGCUUUUAUAAACUUAUCUCUCUCUGGUGGAUUUGCUUGAUUAUUUCCCACUGAAACAGGCUCGAGGGAUAUGAUGGCUAUCCAAAUAUACAGGGGUAUUGAAAGUUUAGGCAACCUCUGAUCAGAUUCUAUGUUUCAGUGAAUCCCUAACUAUGCAGAAGCUGACACAACCCCUACAUGGUUAAAUGGGGCAUAUUUCUAGAUAUGUGAAUGAAUACUUAUGUUUAUGUGCUGUUGUUUACAGAUUCUGAAUAAGAAAACAGUGAAUAUGGGAGAUGCAGAAGUUUGGACACCUUUCACACUUUGUAACAUCUCUUUUGGCAGAAAUAAAAUGUU